ACUACAAUGUAUAAGAAGUUCUUUUUAAAUUUUACACAGCAUACUUUAUAGUUUAUAAACUUUAUACAUUUUGGACUUCGUUUUCUUUAUCAGUUAGAUUUUAACGGAUGUUUUUCUUAUCACAUAACAUUGCAUAGUGUUUUCUGCAGCCUGGAGAGCUGCUAUAAACGUAUAAUCUGUGUAAAAGCUAAAUAAUAUACAUUUUCGAAAUUAAUUCAACUUAAAUUUUAUAAAGUUUUAUCCAAAUAAUACAUUUUAACCAAAAAAAAUUGUGUAUCUGGUUUAAGUAUCCAUCAAGUAUCUAACUUUAAAAUAUUUUAAUUUUCAAUAAUGGAAGACUACAAUGGAUAUGAUUCGAACUUCACUGAAGAAAUUAGUAAAAAGAUGCAAGUGCCAAAGAGCAUAAGAGCAAACGGAGAUUAUUCUAACUUCCGGCCAACUAGUUUUUACUCUGACGAAACUAAUCCCUAUGGCGAUAAUUUUGACAUGCAAGUUCCUGAAAAAAUCGUACUUUUAGGUCACAAUCAACAUAUGGGUACUUCAUCAAAACCAAAAGAAUUUGCGAUAGACGAUAUAAUCAUACCACAACCCCCACCUGAAGAGAUACUUCGCGUUCAAACUCCACCGUCAAAGAUUACUAUGUCGAGACAUUACUUUCCAUCUGUUUUGGACGAUUUUGAUAGAAAGCACACGCAGUCCGAACAAAGUAUUCCACCAGAAGUACAACAAUCUGACGGCGUUCUUAAUUCAGUUCAACAAGGCGAUUUAAACACGACCUUUUUCAACGCGAGUUUAAGCGAACCGAUGACAUUGGCCGAGGAAGUUGCACAUUUACGUCAGCAAAUGAGUAGAGCGUCGAGGCGAAUCAUUGAAUUGGAGCACAGAAUGUCACAACCAUUUUACGUUAGGGAAAAAAAACUCGUUAUAACAAUUGUGGGUAGCUAUUUACUAUUGAAAAUGGCAUCGUGGUUGACAAAACAUUAGGAAUCUAGAAUCACUUCUCUCCCGAGUGUUUACGUUAAUGCCAUAAUAUUAUAAACACUAUUUCACAUUUAAUUUUUAACGGUUACGUUUACUUGGCUUUUAUUAUGUAUCCUAUAAAUUAUGACUUUUAUUAGUAGUAGUUGCAUAAAUAAUCAUUGUUAUGUAUGAAUACGUUAAAAAAAAAUAUUAUUAGCAGUACUAAAAUUGUGUGAUGCUGAUUUUUUCUAGUUUAAAAAAUAUAUUUAUUAACAAACCUAA